AUGGUGGAAUCCAAAAUGGCAACCAGCAUGUCCACAAUUCUCUUCUAUGUCACCUCCUAUACCACCAAAACCCAACCACAUCUCACCUCCUUGUGGGCUCUGCUUCAUGCAGCCACGCAGCGUCACCUCUCUGAUCUUGCAAAAGAACCUACCAUGCCAGAAGCCUCCAUUCGCGCCCGCCAAACCUUGUCCAAAUUACUCCUUGCCUGUCAAAAACGAGUCCACAAAAGUAUGCCAGAGAUGGUUUCUUACCUCCUCGGUUAUGAUGACUUCUAUUGCACACAUUCCUUUGUGACUUUCUUCUAUGCCGAUCUUGCAAGCAACCUCGAACUGCUACACCCUUUGUCUGCGUCCUCCCUCUCUGACGCUGACCUACAAGCUCGCUCCUCGUGCCUCUUACAAGCAGAUCCUUCGGAAGAUGCAUCGCAACUGCACUCUGACGAGCCAUCCUUCCCAUCCACAUCGCACACCUGGAAUUUCCUUCUCCAACCCAGUGCUGACUAUCCUUGUCGCGGUGGCACCUUGCAGCUCUGGCCACUUUAUUUCUACACCGCUGCUGUCGUCCGUGUCAGCAUCCGCAAAUCAGAUUCCAGUCAUCCAGCAUGCAUUCCAUUCACUUCUGAUCAUCCCCUACACACAUCAUUACGCCAACAAGUCCUGACCAAGACCCCAUGGCGAAUCCCACAACUCCACGGGCCACGCAUUCCGCGACUUGCCGAAGACCCACACCGUCGAGCCAUGCUACUCUUGCUCCUGUUCAAACCAUGGCUUUCCUUGCAAGAUCUUCUACCCCAGACAUCCGGCUUCACUACCUGGGCUGACGCUUGGCGUGCCUUUGAAGCCGACCUACGUGCCUCUCUGCCGCCGCCUUCUUCCCGUGCUUCUCCUUUCACUCCUGCCUACUGGGCCCAGCGAUCUCUCCACAUCAUCGAACAUAUUGACCUGAGCGCCAACAUCGAAUCCACCAAAGCCGAUCAGGAACAACAGCUCAAUCCCGAUCAACUUCGCGGCGUUCCUGGCGCUACCACUGUUGAGCAUAAUGACUCGUACUUGCACUCUGACGACGACUCUGCCUCUGACCACAGCAUUGCAUCCGAACAUGCUGAUGCCGAUCCGCUUGACCAUCUUCAUCAGGUGCCUCCAGCUGCCCGUGAUCCUGAUCAAACCCUUCGGAGUACACCUGCCUUCUCUGCAACCUGGGAUGUUCUUUCUUCGCUUAACCGAUCUGAGCUUCUGCCAUUGCAUGCGAGUGCAGCAAGUUUCGUCGCCCAUUUCCGUGCAAUCCAUGACACUGCAACACCGCCCCAGGCAUCAUCUAUCUACACCUUCGCAGGCGCCACCCAGUCAUCAUGGCUCUUACCAGAUCACAUCGACAUCACCAUCCUUCGCCGACAGGAACAAGACUGGGACUCCCUGACGCUUCCUCCUACAUCUCAGGUCCAUCCUUCUCAGGCUACAUCUGAUUCUUCCCAUCAGUCCUUGCCACGAUCCCUUCCCAUUCUACACAAGACGGAGCACAGUGUCUUUGAUAUCAUUACAACUUGGCUCCAGGAAGGCCGCUGCUCUACGCCAGAUGGACAUCUGAACUUGAAGCAAGCUGCUUACCUUCUCCUUGCUGCCUCUUGGCUACAAGCUACCCUCAAUCACAACUGGGGCCUGACCUCUUCCACUGUUGUACCGUUCAGGUGUUCCCUCUUGCUCGGUGGUCCUGGUACUGGCAAGACGUACAUCACCAACCUCGUCACUGACCUUAUCCAUCUUUUCCUGCCCAACUCUACUGCACGUGCUGCUUUCACUCACCGGGCUGCCAAACUCAUCGAUGGCGACACCUUACACGCCAGUCUUGCUUUGCCUCUUGAUAUCACAGACACCAGCGCAACCGCCAAGAGCCUUGGACAUCAACGAGAGACACUUCAAGCAGCUUGGCGUCCAAUUUCUACCUUUCUCAUCGACGAGGCUAGCAUGUUAUCAAACGAACUGUUUGCUCAAACUGAUCUCUGUCUUCGUCAGAUCUUCAACAAUCUGGCAGUCUCUUGGGGUGGCCUCGCCUUGCGCCUCUCCGGCGAUUUCCAUCAAUUGCCUCCUGUCGGCGCAACAUGUCUUAUCAAUCCACCUCAAACCCUUGCCACCGCCGAGCUCACCGGCACCUGGCUACCAUCACAAACGCUCGUUGCAACCGGUGCCGAUCUCUGGAACAACCUCAAAGCCACAAUCCUACUUAACCACAGCCAUCGCUGCACAGGACCAUUGCACGAUCUUCUUCAUGGCCUUCUCUCCGACGCAAGCCUUUCAACAACUUCCUGGACCCAUCUACAAGCCCGCUGCAUUCGUAGCCAAGAUCCACGCCUCCAGGAACCCAAAUUCCAUCCUCACUCUUGUCCUGUCGGAGUCAUGCGUCAUACCAUUCGUGCCUUCUGCACUGUCCAACGCGCUCAGAACGCUGCCAUCGACGCUGGGCAUCGCUUGCUCCUCGCCAUUGCGGCUGACCGCUGUUCCUUUGCUAACAAGCCAUAUCCCUUAAGUCCAGCUUUGGCCCUCCAAGCUGCAUCUCUCCACACCCUCAGCACCACUGCCAACCUCCAAACCACGUUGUACCUCUUUCGCGGUCUCUCGCUCUGCCUUGAAGCCAAACUCUGCACGUCGCUUGGCCUUGUUCGUGGCUGCACCGUCAUCGUUGACGAUAUUCUGCUGGCUGAUGAGGAACCGUGCCUUUCCGCUCUUUUCUUUAUUAGCAACGCUUUUCCAACUAUUUCCUUUCUAUCCCCUAAAUCUCCCAUCCUUCUUUACCUUACCCUCUCCCUUCCUUUUCCCCUUCCCCUUGUCAGGUAUUUCGACCACGACAGCCGGUUACCUCCACAUCCAUUCCUCUACCUUCCCAUCGGCCUGAUCCUUCGUGUACCUAAUGCGACUUGGAUCAAGCAUGCUGCCCUCGGACCUGGACGCUUCUUCCUCGGUACCACUACGCGCCCUUGGAGAUUCUAUCCUGGCACUCCUCCUGCUGAUGGCGUCCAACUUGACAAAGAUCAACGUGCAUACAUGCAGCUCCAUCGUUGUCAACUUCCUGUCAGUAACCUUUUUGCCAUGACCGCUUACGGUUUACAGGGGCAGACCUUGCCAGCCAUCAUCUUGGAUCUUGCCCGCCCCCCCAGCAUGAAAUUAGAACCUUGUCCCCCAUUGCUGUUUCUCCUUUUUGUCUAG